UGACAGCAUCACCUAUUCCCUUAGCCCAGCAUCUGCCUCAUGCCACUGAUGUCCAGCUGCUUCCAAGGAGCAGGCUCCAGACUGCGAAAGAAAGGGAAGCAGGUCCAGCUGGUUUUGACAGGUGCUCAUCUCGGUGGGGCCACAUUGACCAUGCUCAGAAGUUUCUGUCUUCAGCUCAUGUCCUUGGUUUGGAUCCUCUUGGCCCAUCAUCAUCUUGCCCAAGGUGAUGACUGCAGUGAGCACUGUAACCUGGCCCACGGCUCCUGUGACCAGGACGGCAAGUGCAGGUGUGACCCAGGCUGGGAAGGAGAAUAUUGCGAGCAGUGUGUGCGGAUGCCGAGCUGUCUCCAUGGUACAUGCCAUCAGCCGUGGCAAUGCAUCUGUCACAAUGGCUGGGCUGGCAAGUUCUGUGACAAAGAUGUACACAUUUGCGAACACAACCCCCCCUGCCAGAAUGGGGCUGGAUGCGUCUACGAUGGGGACGGGGAGUAUUCCUGCCUGUGUUCUGAGGGCUUUCAUGGAAAGGACUGUGAGCGGAAGACAGGGCCAUGUGAAAAGGCAGGGUUUCCGUGCAGGAAUGGUGGGCAGUGCCAGGACGAGAACGGCUUUGCUAAGAACUUCACCUGCAGGUGCCUGGCUGGCUUUGUCGGUGCCCUCUGUGAGGAGGAUGUAGAUGAUUGCCUGAUGCGCCCCUGUGCCAAUGGUGCCAUCUGCCAGGACGGUAUCAACCGCUUUUCCUGCCAGUGCCAGGUGGGCUUUGAGGGGCGUUUUUGCACCAUCAACAUCAACGACUGUGCCAGCCACCCGUGCAAAAAUGGGGCAAAGUGUUACGAUCGCAUCAAUGAUUUUGACUGCGUGUGUCCUGAGGGUUUUACUGGCAAAACGUGUGAGGCCUCUGCUCCGGAACCGACCUGGGUCCCCUUCUACCUUUCUGCUAACAAGGAGAACAAUGAUGCUCUGAAAAGCACAACCAGCGAGUAUCUCUGGGUUACGCAGCCCGAGCCAGUCAGGACUGUGGUUACUGGAAAGCGGGUUGCCAACCACAGUGAGAAAGCCAGUGGGGGAGGGCUGUUGAAAAUUUCUGUGAAAGAGGUGGUGACCCAGCGGGACACAGGGUUGAGUGAGUCCCAGCUGGUGACCGUGCUGGUCUUUGGGACACUCACAGCCGCACUGGUCCUGGUGACCAUACUGUUAAUGCUGCGGAACUGGCAGAGAGGGCGUCGGAGGUCAAACUGGUGCCAAAGCCCCUCACAGGCUGCAAGGAAGCUCCAGGAACAAGAAUGUCAAAUGGGCAUGUUAAAUACAGUCAUGGUAGAGCCCAGGAAGACAACAGAGCUGUGAGGACUCUGGCACUCUGAGUGGGGUCCUGGCAGGCAGUCAUGCCAAUGAACCCUUUAAACUGUGCCCCGGGAGCCAUGCUGGUUGAGUAUCUCCAAAGUACUAAUGGUCUUUGGUGCAACCUAGCCUGUGAUUCAGUGGGGUGGGGGUUUCCACAGGGCAGCAAAUCUGUAUUUGAAGACACAGCUCUCAAACAGGGCGUGACCAAUCUGUUCUGGAUCCAAUCCAUCUUCAUCAACCAGGUGUACCUAGGAGUCCAAAGCAAGGGCUGAGUCAGACCAGCCCACUCCUGGAAGCGACAGCACAUGGAUUUCAUCAGCUAGCGCCAGAAGACAUUGGUACCAACUUAUACUAACCCAGGCUAGACAUGAGACUGAUGGUGCCAGAGCAGGAGAGAGGCAUGAUCCUCUGUGAAACAAACUCUGCCAGGCUCCUGGAUGCUGAGUAAUUCCUAGUGCUGGCCACUGUUGCCAGCUUUGGCCUAUUGUUCACACUGGGGCUAGGGCUUCUGGAGCUGUUGUGGCCCUUCUGUAACACUGUGGGCUUCUCAGCUCUUCGGUGGCCAUAGUAUGCCCAUUUCAAACUGCACAGGCCCAAGAACUGAGCAGACAGACUCCCUCCAUAGCCUUGUGGUGCUGUGAGCUGGUUAGGAGUGACUCCAGAGGUGGCAUGAGAGCCCAUCUUGCCCUUUUCUGUCUGAUACCAUGUCCCUUCUUCUUGGAUUGGGGAUUGUAAGAAUAUUUUGUACCUUGCUGAUAAUGAUCCCUGGGUCUCUUUUCUCUUAACCAAAGAGUCUGGGCUGGUUUGUGUGUGUUCUAAUAGUAAUUCAAAAAGCUCUUUCCCAACCAUAGCACAUGCUUCCGCUUUCCCGCUCGCUAAGGGGGAGAGCCAGAGGCAGCUCCCCAAUGUGUGGAGGAGGAUGGGACUGGCCUAUACCAUGUGUCCCUGUAGGAGGAAUUGAAUAUGGAGGAGGCUGGAAGUGAGCUCUGGUUGGUUCAGUAGUAGUCCAUGUCCCAGUUCAACUGUCUUCCCCAGUAACCCCAGGCACAGAGCUGGGAGUAGCCGAUCACCAGCCCUGAUAGCGCUUUGAAAUACAAAGUGCAGGCAAGGCUCUCUCUGGGGGAUGCAGGGGCAGAUUAAACUUUUGGAUCGCCCUCCGGGAACAGAAAGGUGGCCCUGCCUGCCCAGCAGCCAUUGUGCACCUUGCAGUCGGAAGCACACCUGAUCCCUACAACAAGGGAAUGGGACAGAAGAGGGAAUGGGACAUUUAAUCAUGAAUCUAGGUCCUCUCCUGUCGGGUACAAUCUCAUCACCUUUGACCCUGCAUAAGGCUAGACACAGCGCCACAAACAAGGUGGUGAGAGUUUCCCUGUUUCUCCCCACUGCCCUGCAACCUUAUGUUAGAUUCAGGCAGGGUCCACAGAGGCCGCUCCCCAGGCAGGCUAAAGGAGCUAGAGCCCGAGGUGGAAGGGAGGGCUCCGGCCUGGGUAUGAGGCAGAACAGACAAAAGGGUUGGAGGGAGAGAGGAUUAGGGUUUCACCAGCAAGAUUUUUUUUUUUAAAUACACCGA